AUGAAUAACAUCGUAGAUUAUUCUGUUGUAUAUACUGAAGAAUAUAAGAAGAGUGUGUACAUACCAAGUGAAGACACUUUCUUCUUUGUUGACACUUUACACAAGGAUUUUCACAAUAUUUCAACACUCAAUCCAGUUUUAAUACUAGAAUUAGGUUGUGGAAGUGGUUAUAUUUCAACUUAUAUCCUAAACCUAUUUCUAACAGAUGUAAAUAAGCCAGGGCAUAUUAUUCCCAUGUGUAUAUCAACUGAUAUAAAUCCUCUGGCUUGUUUGAGUACAUCUCAAAUGAUUAUGUCAAAUAAAGUAAAUAAUUACUCGGAGUGUAUUUGUAUGGACCUCUUCAACAACCUCACAAACUUCAAAUUUGACAUUAUCCUCUUCAAUCCACCUUAUGUUGUUGGAGAUUUGGAGGGUAGCAUUGACAUGAUUGACAGGGCCUGGAAUGGCGGAAUUAACGGCUCAGAAACCAUUGUCAAGUUUAUUAACUCCGUAUCGGGGUAUAUAUCUGCUGGAGGAUAUGUGUAUUUGUUGUUGGAAAAGAGAAAUAAAAUAAAUGAAAUUCUAAAAUUAAUCGAGGAAAAAAAUUUCAACUGUAGAAUUCUAGAGACAAGGAAGGUUCUUGGCGAGGAACUAUCAAUUAUUAAGUUUUCUAAAUCACCAAUUUAAUCCUCAAAAUUGGUAAAAAUUUUAACAUCAAAAUUUAAUAUUAUACAGUA